CUUAGAUUUGCACAAUCACUGUAGACUCGCGUCCAGGCUUCGGGACUAUUCCGAGGGAAGGGCGAUAGCGUUAUAUAAGCAUUUAUUGCUCAUAUGACGCAUUUAUCGGUUUUGAUUCAGGCACAUCACAUUCUGAGAUGUUGACUGUCGGACAUCUGUGAAAGCACAUUCUACAAAAGCUACGCUUACCAUAAGAGGACCCAUCUUGGCUCUGAUGCCAACUGUUUGACUGGCAUUCUAAAGGUUGUCCAUUGUUGUGCCGCUGCGAUGAGUUCGAACCCAGAAGACACCGUGAAGAAGGCCUACAGCGACUGGUCAAGGGAGUCGUGUGGCUUUAAGACAAUCACGUCCGGAAGAGCACAGGAUAUCAAAGAGGCGAUCUCUGUCAUACACAAGGACGUCUUGGACAGGUAUUAUGGGUGUGGCAUGGUCGUCCCCGAGAAGUUGGAGGGCCAGAGGGUGGUGGACCUCGGCUGUGGUGCAGGAAGGGACACCUACAUCGUCAGCAAACUCAUCGGCCCAGAAGGCAGUAUCGUCGGGGUGGACAUGACGGAGACUCUGAUCGAAGUUGCCAGCAAGCACGUGGGCUACCACACUGAAAAGUUCGGCUUCAGUAAACCUAACGUUGAGUUUCACGUCGGCUACAUUGAGAAGCUGGGCGAGAAGGGCAUUGAGGACAACAGCUGUAAUAUUCUUGUGUCAAACGGCGUGAUCAACCUAACCUCGGACAAGAAGGCGGUACUCCAAGAAGCAUAUCGGGUGCUGAAGGACGGCGGAGAGCUGUACUUCAGUGAUGUGUAUUGCAACAAGGACCUGCCUGAGGAGGUCAGGAAGAAUGAGUACCUGUGGAGCAUGUGUAUCGCCGGGUCUCUGUACUGGAAGAGGCUGCACGAUAUCGCCCAAGAAGUCGGUUUCUGUGCCCCACGUAUCGUGGAGAUAUCGACUGUAGCCAUUAACAACGAGGAAUACAAGACACUCGUGGGUGACGCUCGGUUCGUGUCGGUCACGUACCGAAUGUUCAAGCUGCCAGCGGAGAGGAAGGGGCCGUCCACGGUGGUGUACAAGGGGGACAUCAAGGGCUAUGAGAAGGAAUUCAAGCUGGAUGUCAGGAAUGUGUUCAGGACCUGCGAAACAAGACAAAUAGACAGCGAACUGGCUACCUUCUUGGCAACUUCGAGAUUCAAAGAUAGUUUCACCUUUCUGGAUAAUCUGGUCGUGAAUCCUUUUGACUACGUCAGCGAGCUAGAAUCACGAGGGAAACCGCCAGGCGUUGCUUACUCUGUGAACUAAUUGCUAAAGCUUGUAGAAACAAUGACGACGCAAAGCUUGUAGAAACAACGACGACGCCAGGCCGAACAUGCUUUAUGCUUGGUUUACGAAAUCUUCGGAAUACAUGGCCUCAGUUUUUUGUUUCAUGGAACUCAUGUGGAAUGUCACAUUUUCGUGAAUGGUUGUUAUCGAGACGAUUAUGCCAGGAGUUGAAAGGAUUUACGAAAACGCCAUUUGUCAUAUUCGUCAUUGCUCUUUUUUCAUCGCUGUUGUUUUCUAUAUAUGUUUGGGGGAACCUGAGGUGGGUUUUAAUCAUAAAAGAGAGCUGAGAUUUUUCCAGUCAAUCAAAAUGAACGGCUGACUGACUGACUGACUGAUAUAGAAGAUUUAACGUGCGCUUUCCGACUGUAGCGUAUUUCGCACACGGGCCUGGCCAGACCAUUUAGUGUAUUCCGAAAA